UCCAGCAGGAUGAUGCUGCUGCUUCCACUGUUUUUAUGGGUACUGUUGGUAUCCACUACCCAGAUUUCUUCCCAAAGACGUGACAGUCAUGUUCUUGAUUUGGAACCGCAGUUUGUCAUCCUAGCUCCAGCAAGGCUGAGGCUUGGAACGAAACUGAACAUCUUACUAGAGGCGCACAGCCUGUCCAAGCCAAUCACGGUCAAAGUCACUGUCUAUACACACCCGAACAAAUACGUCCUGACACAGGGCUCUGCAAUCCUCAAUUCAGAAAACAGCUACAGUGCUCUCAAAACCAUUGAGAUCAAUCCAAACCUGUUGCUUUUGGAGACAAAGAAGGAGACAUUUGUUACACUGGUUGCUGAAUUUGGGGGUUUCCAUAAAGCGGAGAAAAUUAUCAAGCUGUCAUUCCGCACUGGAUAUAUUUUCAUUCAAACCGAUAAACCGGUUUACAACCCUGGAGACACAGUUCAUUACAGGGCUUUUGUAUCCAAUCCUGAAUUCCAAGCUUUCAACAGCACAAUAUCUCUUGAGAUUCAGAACCCAGAUGGUAUAGUGAUGCACGGCAGAGCCAAUGCCCUGGCAAGCCACGGGAUCCUAUCUGAAAGCUACACCCUCUAUACUGUGGUCAAAGAGGGAAGAUGGAAAGUUGUUGCGAAGUUUGAUAAUGUUGCAGAAAACACAUUCAGCACCGUAUUUGAUGUAAAGAAAUAUGUUCUCCCACCAUUCAACGUCACUUUAACCCCAAAGAAAUCCUACUUAAGCCUAGAUGAGAAAAAGUUGGAAGUCAAAGUCACAGCCAGGUAUCUUUAUGGUGAACCAGUGAAAGGUGUUGCAUAUGUGCUGUUUGGUAUUGAAACUAAUGGCGUGAAAAAAAUAAUAACAUCUAUGAAGCAACUAAAAGAUCUAAAUGGGAAAACUGUUAGUUUGACUAUGGAAGAGAUAAAGAAAGCCUGUUCUGACACAUACAGUCUACUGAUGUAUUCUGUUUACAUCAAAGCGUCAGUAAUGACCAGCUCAGGUAGUGAACUUGUGGAAGCAGAGAAAUCCGGCAUUAAAAUAGUUGCUUCACCCUACGUGCUCUCCAUCAAGGACACACCAAAGUAUUUCAAACCUGGCCUGCCAUUAGACAUAGUGGUUACAGUGAGAAACCAAGAUGGAUCUCCAGCUCCUAAUAUCCCUGUUGAAAUCAACUUCCUUCAAAAAACAAUCAACACACACAGCGGCACUAUCAGGGUCUCUGUCAACAUGCCUGAUGAAUACGAAAAACAAAGAUUGAAGGUAAAAAUGGCUCUUCCUGGUGUGAAUGAAGAAAGGCAUAAUGUGAAGGAGAAGAAGCUGGAGCCAUAUUUGGGUUUUGACCUCAGCAGUAAGAACUACCUGCACAUCUCAGUGGGCUCCAACAAAGUGGCGGUGGGCAACAGUCUUAUCAUCAGAGUGUACAUUAAAACCGACCCACCAGAACACAGAAAACUUGUGAGGCAGCUGACGUACGCUGUUUUGAACAAAGGGAAAAUAAUAACAGCUGCCAGGGUGAAUGUAGAAUACCAGGGUAUCAUAAAUUUGCCUUUGCUGGUUACAACAGAGAUGCUACCAUCAUUCCGGCUGCUGGCGUACUAUAUGUUGCCAUGGCAACCGAAUGCAGAAGUGGUGGCAGACUCAGUGUUUGUGGAUGUGGAGAACCAAUGUGUAGGAUCACUCAUUUUAGGACCAGCAGAGGGAGAAAAACUCAGUUCAUACUCACCAGGCAGCAGCUUUAAAUUUGAAGUGAAGGGAGACCCGGGAGCAAAUGUCAGCCUGGUUGCUGUGGAUAAUGCCAUUUUUCUGUUGAGUAAAAAACAUCUGACGCAAAAGGAGGUGUGGAAGGUGGUGGGUCAGGGUGAUAUGGGCUGCACCUCAGGAGGAGGCAGGAAUAAUAUGGGUGUUUUCAGUGAUGCAGGACUGGUGUUUUAUUCCAGCACAGGAGGAUCUACUGACUUCGGAUCAGAUCAUUGCUCCAGAAAAUCUAGGAGGAUAAGAUCCUUGAAGCAAAGAGAAACAAAAUGGAAACAAAGAGAGGAACUGGAGAAGGCAUAUUUUGAUGAGUUUCUGCAGAGAUGUUGUGUGGACGGCAUGAGGGAGAUUCCCAUGCCCUAUUCCUGCUACCGUCGCUCCCUCUACAUCACCGAGGACUGGAGCUGUGUGUCGGCUUUCCUUUACUGUUGCGUGAAUUACAAAGGGGAGGAGUUUGAUGACAUAAUUGAACCUCCUUACGGGCCGCCACCUGUGUUGCACGGCUUAAGUGAUCCUAUGUAUGAGCAAGAGUUUGAUGAAGAUGAUUUAGCUGACAUAGAGGACAUUUACGUGCGCAACAAGUUCUUUGAAUCGUGGCUGUGGACUGACAUAAGAUUACCCAGCGUUCCCAAGUCUGAUGGGUUGGCUGUAUUUCCAGUGAACACCACUCUUCCUGACAGUAUCACUCAGUGGGGGAUUUUUGCCAUCAGUGCCUCACCUGAGACAGGUUUCUGUGUAGCUGAACCAUAUAAUGUCCAGGUGUGGAAGCCAUUCUUCCUAGACUUACGUCUGCCUCCCUCAGUGUCCAGAAAUGAACAUGUGGAAAUCAAAGCUGUGAUCUACAACUACAGAAAUGAAAACCUGAAGGUCAUGGUGAUCCUGGAAAAGACAGAGGACAUGUGUAGUGUGGCAUUUAGCAGAACUCACAGACAGCAGGUUUUGGUACCGGCUGGCUCCUCCAAGGUUAUUACAUACACCAUCAUCCCUCUUAAAACAGGAGAGCUUCCUCUACAGGUCACAGCCGUUCCACGUUCUUUUAUUGAAGCAGAUGCAGUGAGGAAGAAUUUGCGUGUGGUAGUAGAAGGCAUCCAGAGAAUUAAGUCUAGGAGCUUUGUGUUGAACCCCUCUGAGAAAGGAGACAGUGGGAGACAAGUGAUAAAAGUGGAGAAAAUGGAGUUAAAAUCGGUUGUACCAAAUUCAAAGCCUAAGGCAUUCAUCAAUGUCAGAGGUGAUUUGCUGGCAGACAGCAUUGAUAACUCCAUUAAGGAGGACUCUCUGGCGGCAUUGAUCCGGUUGCCUGGUGGAUGUGUGGAGCAGAACCUGGCCAGAAUCACACUGCCCCUCAUUGCCACCCAUUACCUGAAUCGGAGUGGAAACUGGGAUGAUGUGGGAAUAAAUCGCAGAGAAGAGGCCAUUAAAUACAUCCAAAUAGGUUAUGAAAAUCAACUUAAUUUUCGAAAAAAUGAUGACUCAUACCCUCCCUAUGCCAAAGAGGGCACCAGCACAUGGAUCACUGCGUAUGUGGUGAAGGUUUUCUCCAUGGCAAAAUCGUUUAUUAGCGUCAAUGACAAAAAUCUGUGUGGACCUCUGGUGUACCUGCUCAAGAAUAAACAGCGUCCUGAUGGAUCCUUUCAGGAGGACAAUCCUGUCUUUGUCACCAGUAUGACGGGAGGCCUGCAAGGCUCUGAAUCCACAGUGUCUCUGACCGCAUUCGUGCUCAUUGCUUUGGCAGAGGCACAAAAUGCUGUUACCUGCCGAGAACCAGGCCUCAACAUACAGGGCAAUUCCAGUAAAGCGGCGGAGUAUAUAAGGAAUAAUUUCCCUCAACUGAACAGGGCGUACACAGUGGCUAUAGCAUGCUACGCUUUAGCAGUAUCCAACCAUGGCUGCAUGAAGAGCAUGCUGUUAAAUUUUGCCUCACCAGAUCGUACCCACUGGACUGACUCUGAUAAUCGCUUUUUCACACUGGAAGCUACUGGCUACGCAUUGUUAGCACUGAUCAAAGACGGUCAUAUGAAGGAGGCAGUUGAACCAUUUCAAUGGUUAAAUGAGCAACGUGACAUUGGUGGAGGGUAUGGCUCAACUCAGUCCACUAUGGUAGUGCUACAGGCCCUCUCUGAGUACCUAGUAAAGAGGCCUCCUCCUUCUAAACAUACAUUAAGGGUGGAGCUCCACGUGCCUGGUCAGAGAACUACUCUGUGGAACAUCCUUCCCAAAAUGGUUUAUGAGCUUCAAACUGCUCAGGUUCCAUUUGGCAAGGAAUUCACAGUGGUGGCUACUGGGAAUGGCAAGGGAAUUUUGGAGGUAGUAACAGAGUACCAUGAGCUUCCUGAUGUGUAUGAGAACAGCACAUGUAAUGGCUUCCAACUGGAUGUCUCCAUUGAGAAGACUAAUAAAAAUCACAGACCUGAUGUAGAAAUGUCCUACAAACUUACUAUCAGAGUGAGGGCUCUUGAGAGAGAGCAAAGAUUUGUGGUUCUGGAUAUCGGCUUGCCCACCGGCUUUGAGCCUGAAAACUUUGACUUAGAGCAGCUUUCAAAUUCACUGGAUUGCUACAUCAAAACCUUCCAAGUGGUGGACAACCUGAGUGACAGAGCAUCCCUCAUAAUUCACCUGUUUAAGGUGUCCAGUACGGAGACAGACGUGAUCUCAUUUACACUGCAUCAGAAAUUUAAAGUGGGAUUCCUUCAGCCCUCCACUGUUACAGUGUACCAGUACUACAACAAAGAUAAAAACUGUAGCAGGUUCUACUCUCCUCCUGAAAAUAAAAAUCAGCCGGGUAUUAUCUGCGACAAUAAGGUGUGCCGCUGCUCACAGGGUAAUUGCUGUGUACAAAAACCUGGAAAUAUGUCUUCAGGAAAACGGUGGCUGAAACUAUGCAAUGGAAAACAUUAUGCCUACAAGGUUAAAUUGAUCGGUGUAAAGAAGUGUCACUACGAUCAGUACGAGAUGAAGAUCGUCCAGAUUAUACAAAAGGGGUCAGAAGUUGGUUUGAAAAAAAAUGACAAGAGGAUGUUUCUCUCACAUGCGACCUGUAGGACAGGGCUUGGUUUAAGAGAGGGUCAGGACUAUCUGAUCAUUGGGAGGAUUGCUGAUGUUUGGCACGCAGGGAGCACAUCCGACCAGUACCUGUAUAUGCUGGGUAAGGACACAUGGGUCGAGCGCUGGCCGGCUGAGUCUGAAUAUACGCGUGGAUCCACUCUAAAGGCGAAAUGUGCUGAGCUGAAAAGCUUCCCAGUAGCACAGACAAAGAAUCGCCGUCAGAUUUGAGAGGCGCCUCACAAACGUUAUUCUCUAAACACUCCAAUGACAAAACCACAGUUGUAAAUUGUCAUUCUGUCUUGUUUCAAUAUAUCACAAAACUUUUCCAGCUAGCUUAAAAACAAGAAUGCAAACAAAAACAGACAUUCAUUUAAUUGUGUACACCGUCUGUAUCAAAAAACAAACCUCAAUACUUUGAGGUCAUA